AUGUCUGUUCCUUUUUUCUAUCUAUCUCAUUUUAUUCACAUCUAUCUAUCUAUCUAUCUAUCUAUAUAUAUAUAUAUAUAUAUAUAUAUAAUUCCAUUCGCAUUCAUCUAUCUAUCUAUCUAUCUAUCUAUCUAUCUAUCUAUUUCUGUGUCUGUCUCAAUACUGUUCUUGAACCUUUUCUAUCUAUCUAUCUAUCUAUCUAUCUAUCUCAUUCUGUUAAAUAUCUAUCUAAUUCCAUUCAGAUCUAUCUAUCUAUCUAUCUAUCUAUCUAUCUAUCUAUCUAUCUAUCUAUCUAUCUAUCUAUCUCAUUCUGUUAAUUAUCUAAUUCCAUUCAGAUAUAUCUAUCUCAUUCCAUCUAUCUAUCUAUCUAUCUAUCUAUCUAUCUAUCUAUCUAUCUCAUUCUAUAUAUCUAUCUCAUUCCAUCUAUCUAUCUAUCUAUCUAUCUAUCUAUCUCAUUCUAUAUAUCUAUCUCAUUCCAUCUAUCUAUCUAUCUAUCUAUCUAUCUAUCUAUCUAUCUAUCUAUCUAUCGACCAUAAUCUCUUCCUAUUUAUCUCAGUCUGUUCAUAUCUAUCUAUCUAUCUAACUAUCUAUCUAUCUAUGUAUCUCAUCCCAUUCACAUCUAUCUUAUUCCAUUUAUAUCUAUCUAUCUAUCUAUCUAUCUAUCUAUCUGUCUUAUUUCUAUCUAGCAGUCUAUCUGAUAUCUAUCUAUCUAUCUAUCUAUCUAUCUAUCUAUCUAUCAGUCUCUUCAUAUCUAUCUAUCUAUAUAUAUUUAAUUUUAAAAUCUAUCUAUCUAUCUAUCUGUCUAUCUAUCUAUCUAUCUAUCUCACUCUCUCUCUCUCUUUCUCUCUCUCUCUAUCUAUCUAUUUGCCUGUCUAUCUAUCUAUAUAUUUUAGAAUUUUAAAAUCUAUCUAUCUAUCUAUCUAUCUAUCUAUCUAUCUAUCUAUCUAUUUGCUUGUCUAUCUGUAUAUUUUAGAAUUUUAA